CGUCAUUGUUUCUUCUUGUCUAGAAGUAGAGUAGCUGGGGCCAUAGGACUACAGGAAACUCAACCGGUGACAUGGCAGGAGGUAAGGCUGGAAAGGACAGCGGUAAAGCCAAGGCGAAGGCAGUUUCCCGUUCUCAGAGAGCUGGCUUGCAGUUUCCGGUGGGGCGUAUCCACAGACACCUGAAAACUCGUACCACAAGCCACGGACGAGUUGGUGCCACAGCAGCAGUGUAUAGUGCAGCCAUUCUGGAAUAUCUCACUGCUGAGGUGUUGGAGUUGGCCGGUAAUGCCUCUAAGGAUCUGAAAGUGAAGCGUAUUACUCCCCGACAUUUACAGCUGGCUAUCCGUGGUGAUGAGGAGUUGGAUUCACUCAUCAAAGCUACUAUCGCUGGUGGAGGUGUGAUACCUCAUAUUCACAAGUCUCUGAUCGGGAAGAAAGGACAGCAGAAGACUGCUUAAUGUUUGUGUGGUGUGUGUAUACUUAAUGGCAAUCAGCAUGGUGAGGGGGACAAUGUUGUUUUGUUACUUUUUUUUUUU